GUCUGUCUUGAGACGCCGCCACGAUGAGCGCUCAGUCUUAUUAUGAACUUUACCGGGGGAGCAGCCUCGGCCUCUCCCUAACCGAUACCCUCGACGACCUGAUCAACGAAGGCCGCAUCGAGCCCCAGCUCGCCAUGAAGAUCCUGUCCACGUUUGAUAGGAUCAUCACGGAGGUUUUGGCGGAUAAGGUGCGCGCGAGGUUGAACUUUAAGGGCCACCUCGAUACCUACCGCUUCUGCGACGAAGUGUGGACCUUCCUCAUCAAGGAUGUCACCUUCAAGCUCGAUAAUCAGACCCCUGUGACGGCGGAUAAGGUGAAGAUUGUGAGCUGUAAUAGCAAGAGGCCUGGGGAGGUGUGAUUUUUUUUCUUCUGGUGCUGCUGCGGCAGUAGCUACUCUUUUUGCGGGUUGGGCACUGGAUACAUUGCAGUGUCUUUUUUAUCGUCUUUGGGAUGGCGUUUCGGAUAUUCAUCAUGGAAUGAGGGUUCACGGCGUCUUGAUCACUAGCUAGUUUUGAGAUAUUAGUCCCGCUGGGGUCCUUAGAUUGAAGCAGAUACCCAUAUCAAUACUAUUUUAUCAGUAU